CUCCAGGCUCUGAGCUGUCAGCACAGAGCCCGACGUGAGGCUCAAACUCACAAACCACGAGAUCAUGACCUGAGCUGAAGUCAGACACUUAACUGACUGAGCCGCCCAGGCGCCCCAGUCUGCAGACUCAUUCUUGACUCCGACCUUUGGGCUGGCUAGUCCCUUCUGUGGCCUACUCUUCCCCUCAGUCUUGUGUGAUUGCCUCCAUUUUAUGACUCAGGCCUUAGCCCACAUAUCACCACCUCAGAGAGGACUUCCCUGGCCAGCCAAAGGAAAAGCCGCUCGCACUGUGUGAUGCAGGAGUCUGCGGUCAUUUCCUCCUUCCUUAUAGGCGCGGAGUUGAGCGUUGUGUCUUCCCCUUCUCAAAUGUCGGGUCCAAGAGGACGGGGAAGUUUGCCUGCUUGUUCACUGCUGUCACCCGGGCUUUCUGAGAGGGUGGGGCAUACAGUAGGUGCUCAAUAAAAGCUACUAGACUGAGGGUGCUGGGACGGGUGUAGUUCCCAGGGCCAGACACUGUCUAAAUGACCUUACGCCCCCGUUAUGCAUUUACCCCUCACCUGUGGGGCAGGUGGCCACCCGCGCUGUCUCACAAAGCAUAAAACCAAUCCUAGAGAGGUCUGGCAGUUUUCCCAGGCUGCACAGCCGGCCGUGGUGGAGCUGGGAUUCAGGCGGAACCCAGCCACCACCUCUGCGGAAGUAGGUUUAGGACCCCCAAAUCUCCAGAUGAGGAAAAGGCCAAAGAAGGGAUGGAGUUGCCUGAGGUCUAUCUGUGAAUGGCUGCCGCUGGAUUCGAACUCAGGUCGCCCUCCCCGUGCAGCCUUAAGCUCAACAGACCGUGUCUCUCGUGUCUCUCUGGGGGAAGCACCCUCCCUCCAUGCUGACGCUCCGGGACCAUUAGCUGGAAGAGGAGCGGGUGCGGGACGUGGGUCUCCAUGAAUAAUUGAGGGUCUCCGGCGGGUGGCCGCCCGGCAGCUGUCACCCCAGCGCGGGCGGGGAAGGGGCGGUGAUGACGUCACUUCCUCCCCCGCGGGGCCACUGGCGCGGGUUAUAAGGAGCUGCCGCGCCGUCCCGCGCGGCGCCGAGCACCCUGGUCCCGACGCCCCACCAUGCAGAGCCGCGGGCCCGCCUCCGUGCUGCUGUUGCUGCCGCUGCCCCUGCUUCUGGCGCUGCUGCCGGGGGCCGCCACCGCUGCUCCCUUGGCGCCAAGACCUUCCAAGGAAGAGCUGACCCGCUGUCUGGCAGAAGUGGUCACAGAAGUGCUGACGCUGGGCCGGGCCCAGAGAAGCCCCUGCACAGCUCUCCUCCACAAAGGUAAGGAGGGCCCAGGCCCCAGAGCCUCUCGGGGGCCCCCACCCCACCCGGGGUUCCGGCCGGGGCUGCCUGGAGGAAAGGUGGUCUCAUCCCAGGGCCCCCUUGCCUGGGCUGGCACGGCACGCCCAGUGUCCCGUCCGGCCUCCAGCCCCACCCUGGGGGGUCCCUGCAGAGGUACGGGAUGGGAGCAGAGAACAUCCCCCAGACCUGACCCUCCUCUCCCGGUUUUGGGCAGCCCCCCUGUGGGGCCUCGGGCAGGCCCCAGAACUCCUCCAGGUCCGGUUCCCGAUUCUGCUGCACAGAGAGCAUCCUCUCUCUUUCCACCAGAGAUGUGUGAGACAGAGCCCUACGGCUGUGUGUCCACCAAAGAGAAAGGCCUACUGGUUGGGGAUUUCAAGAAGCAAGAGGCUGGGAAGAUGAGGUCCAGCCAGGAAGCGAGGGAUGAGGAAGAGGCAGCCGAGAGGGCCCACAAGUCUGAGGUGCGGGAACAGACCAUCCGCGAGCAGCUCCAUAGCCGGCUCCACCAGGAGGAGGAGGAGGAGCAGGAGCGGGAGGAGGAGGAGGAGGAGAGGAAGAAGAGGGGGCCCGUGGAACCCUUCGAAGGCCCGUGGAAGCGGCGCCCAGAGGGUGGAGGGGGGCCCCACAAGCGAGUGGCAGAGCAGGCCAGUGACGAGGAGACAGCCCAGUUUGAGGCCGAGGAGAAGGGUGUGCAGGUGCUGGGCACGGGCCACGGCCUGUGGCAGGGGGCCGAGGCGGGUGGAGGAGAAAGGCACGAGGACUCGCCGCAUCACCACCGCCUCCGCCAGCCAGAAGCCGGGCCCAAGCAGGAGGAGAAGGAAGAGGCUUCCGAGAGGGAGGAGCAUGACACGGUGCGGCUGGAGCACGUGCGAGAUGAGCUAAAGAAGGCAACGGAGCUUCUCGGGGAGGAGAUCAGGAGGGAGGGAUGACCCCCGACCUCGCGUCCUCCUUCCUGACACACCCUAUGGCUUAUGACUGUUGACCCCCAAAGCUCACCUAACACCCCACUCCGUUCCCCAGCCUGAAGGAAUGGGGGGACAGGUGUGCCACGCGACCAGGCCCGAGGGGCCGAGUCUGAGCUGGGUAGAGGGGCUGGGCUCCAACCGACUCGGAAACACCCGGCCACCCAUGUAACCCACUCCAACCCUGCCGAGUGAAUAAAGCACAAAGAAAACCGCUAAGGCUCGUGUGGCACUUGAUGUUAGA